AAAGAAAGAAAGGUGAGGCGGGCGCCGCCUGUUGACUCCGCGGGCUGUGGAGCUUGUCCUGCUCGCUGUCCGUGUGCUGUUGACUUCGCGGGCUGUAGAGCUCGUCCUUCUCGUCGUCUGUGAUACAGCAGCCGGAGCUGCUCCCAUCAUGGAUCCCAGCACCACGAUUCUGCGAGUGAAGCGGAAAAGGGGGACCGACCCCGCGGACGCUCUGCUAUUGGCGUGUAAGCGGAUCCGGCCGGAGUCCAGCUCAGCGCAGCCCCCAGCCGAGCCCGUCCCGGAGCCCGAAGAGGCCGGCAUAGAAAACUCGGUCUUUAAACUCGUGGCCACAGUAUCUUCACAGGAUGCUCCAGUCCAGACACAUGUCCGUGAGGCUCUGUCUCGCCCUCGCCUGGCUCACGCCCUGCGUCCCUCUCAGGGCAGCUCCCAGAGGAUCAUUGGUGACUUGCGCAGUGUCAAAUGGAGCACCAGACGAGAGGAGCGGUACCGGAUCCUCUCCAGCCAUCGGGCAGGGCUUCCAGCAGAACCAUCCGCAGCAAGAGAAAGGGAGGCCCAGGAGAACGGUGCUCAGACAGCAACGGAUCCAUGUUUUCCUUUGGGAGAUGUUCAGGUGUUUGAUAUUGUUCAGGAGGAGGAGGAUGGGGAGGAAGAGAGAGCUCUUGGCAAGAAUAUGAAGUCUGACCAAGAGACAAUCCUGUGCAAUUCGGUGAAGAUGAUUCGCGAGAAACUGACUGUGUCAACUGAUGGACUUGGGACCGAACAUCGUGAGAAGGAAGAUGACUACGUCUAUGAUUUGUACUACCAGGAAACGGCCACACCAGGCUGGAUACAGGACAUCUUGUCUGUCAGACCCUAUACAGAGGAAGGGGAGCUGGUGCCUGAGGAUGUAGCCUGGGAGGAGGAGGUGUACGAAGAUGAGGAUGACGAGAAUGAAGAGCGCAACUGGAGAAACGACUAUCCAGAUGAGGAGGACAGUGAAGAUGACAGCGAUGCUGAAGAGCGCUAUGGAGGCUGCUGGAGUGAGGAGCAUUCAUACAGCCGGAGGAGCUGGGAGCGCUACCGGAAAGAUGUGAUGAAGGAGCUGGAUGAUGAGGACGAAGACAGAGAAGACUACGAUUCUAACUGAAGCCCUCAGAGUUCACGUGUGUUUGAGUGCGAGAAGGGCCAUUUUUACUGUGUGGUGUUUUGUUCAACGUGAAUGCGUGGUAGUUGAUGCAUAUCGCUGCUGUCGGAACAAAACAUAUCUCCAAAAUGGUAACUUCACAAGAGAAGCAAAAAACACCCUUUUAAUGCGGGUCAACGGAACCAGAAUUUUUUCAAGUCAUUUCGGGACGUUUCUUUUUGUGCAAUCUUCAUGAAAUUUUCAAAAAACGUAAAGGCCAUCAGGGCUUUUUCAAAUUACAUCAAAAACUUAAUGACAAAAAAUGGAGAUACGAGGUUUUGUUCCAACAGCAGAAAUAUAGUAGCUCAGGUGUGCUUUGCGUUGUGUGGUAGUGAGACGAAUGAUGUACUACAUUGCGUUGCAUUGUUAUGCGACUGUUUGAUGUGCAUGGUAGAGCAGACAGGCAAGUAUGGUAGCAGUUCUGAGUCUGUAAACGUGUGGAUUGAUUUGUGCUGUCGAGUGUUUGUUUUAACGUGUCCCAUCCCCCAAUUUCCAAAGGGUGACAGACUAUUUGUACAUAUGUAGAUGUGUAUAAAACAAAAAAAAUAAAGAUUUCAAAACAAA